AUGGACAGUAAAGUUCGACUCUACUAUGGAGAAACAUAUAAUGAAGAACUUAUCGAGGAUGCGGAACAAUAUUCGUAUGAGGCACUUGCAAAGAUUGAUCUAUCUCUUAUGAUAAAUCACUCUUAUGUUGGUAGUUUUAUCUUAAGACCUUACAUGGUUGGUUCUUGCAAUGGCCUUGUUUGUUUUAAUGUAUACCACCAUGACAUCUGUGAUCCUGUUUAUAUUUGCAACCCAUUAACAGGAGAGUGCACUCAUCUUCCAAAGAUAGAACGAAGAGAUGCAUCACCAAUUGCAAAGAAUAUCGUGUUUGCUGGUUUCGGUUAUUCUCAGUCCACUAACGAGUACAAGGUUAUUAGAAUUUACUAUGACGAGAAGUCCCAGGUAACAGGCAGUUCCAAAAGUGUUGGGAAAGUGCAAGUAUACACUCUUGGAGGAAGAAGUAGAACUAUUGUUGCAUUUGAUUUAAAGGAUGAAAAGUUCCGGAAAAUCCCAUCACCACUACUUAACAUCCCAGACGAAGAUUUCCGCAUUGCUGGACUCAGGUUGCUGGGAGGUAAUUUAUGUGUUUAUCACACUGACGAAUGCAAGUUUGUCGACAUAUGGACAAUUCAGAAGGGGAAUAGUCGUAGUAUAUGGACACUUCACAAGGAGAAUAAUCGUUGGAAUAAGGAGUUCUCUAUAAUUUUGGAAAACUCGAACGUGGAUUGGCCAGUUUGUUAUCCGCUUGCUUUCCUGAACCGCAAUGAGCUUCUGUUGCGGUACAAUGGCAAUCUAUAUCUAUAUGACUUGACAACCUCUACUUUAAAGAAGAUUUGGGAAGAUGUUUCCAACAAAACAGCUAUUGAAUCUAUUCCUCACAUGCACAGCCUUGUUUCACCAGAAGCUCUUGGUCCACUUAACCGGGGUGCAUAUUCUUCCCUUCCUCACUGGUUACGUUCAUCAUGGAUAAUAUUUUUUCCAAUAUCAGUUGUUCUCCUUACAUUACUAUAUUGA